AGUAGGGGUAACGUAAAAUUGUCUUUGUGUGAUUUAUAUGUCAUAAGUUCGAGCUGUAAAAUUGUGUCUAUGUGAUUUAUAUGUCAUAAGUUCGAAUCAUAAAAUUGUCACUGUCUGAUUUAUAUUAAAGAAAAAUUACUCAGUUUAUUUAUACUUUUUUUUGAGGAUCAUCUACAAUCUAAUGUUGAACAAAUUUUAGCAGAAAAAUCUCUCCUCUUCAAUAUAAUAGUGAUGUUUAGAUCAACUUGUACGUUAGCUAUUGCUUCCUCGUAUGUGUAUUUGCUAAAUCUAUCCAUCGAGGCUUAGACUGCGGAACUUGUAGGUAACCUUCUAGCUCCGCCCCUAAUAGAUCAAGACUUGUAUAUGGAGUUUUGGGUUGUUGUAGCAGCUGCAGGAGCAGGUUAUGUAGCACAAUGUUUGCAAAGUUCAUCAGAUGAAAAGGGCAACUUAUUAGUAGAUAACAAGAAGAAUUUGUUGCAUCAACUACGCGAAAAAGUGUGCCCUUUUCACAUAUUAGCUCGAAAAAGAGCUAAAAAGGAAGUCUCAGAUGAUGAAGAAGUUUUCAGAUUCAGACAUCUUAAUCUUGAUUCAUCAGAUUGCCUCGAGAAAGAUUCAUUUUGUCCAUCCUCAGCAAAAGAAUAUACAAGUACCAGGAACAAAGAUUCUGGUGGAUCAUUCAAUACAACAGGGCUACCAAAUGGAAUGGCUUUAUUCUAUAUGGGAAUUGUUAGUGGCAUGAUGUCUGCUGUUAUUGCAAACAGUAAAGAGAUAGAAAAGGUGAAUGAGAAGUUAAAAUGGACCAAGAAUUUAGUUCAGAAGUUAGAAAAUGAGCUCAAUGUGAAAGAGAUUGCUAAUGAUGAUUAUGAGAAUCCAAAUCUAUGUAGUCCCUCUAUGUCAACUGUUGAUGAACCAACCAGUCAAGCAGAGAAACACGAGUCGAUGAGCGAAAUUGAGGCAGAGCUUGAAGCUGAAUUACAAAGGUUGGAAAUCAGCUUGAAGGUUUCAACCUUUGAAAGAAUAUUUGAUUGUGUUGAGCUAAAUCCAGAAGAUGAAAUAAAUGUGGUUCAUGGAGACUUGAAACUAGAUUGCCUCAAUGUGCAGAGCCCUGAUUCAUCAGGAUCAGAUAGUGGAACUUGGAUUGAUCAUUCUAAACCUGCCAACCAUCCUGUUUCCCCGAGGGAGCUAAGCUCGCGUCUGCAUGAGGUGAUAGAAUCCAGGCUAGAAGCUCGAAUUAAGGAGCUCGAAGCAGCCCUUUAUCAUAGCCAAAAUAGAGCUUGUUCAUUGGAAACACAACAGAAUCUCUCUCAAAAGGCCUGUGCAUUGCGCGAAUCAGAGUCCUCAUGUUGGUAUCAUGAGGCUGAUGAAGAGACCACCAGUAUCAGGCAUGGAAGUGAAAAUGCUUUUGACACUAAUACAACAACCCCUCCUUUUGAUGGAGGAUUGAUUGAUAGCCCAAACGAAGAACAGGGUGGCCUGGUGCACGAACGUAAGCAGCCUACCUUGAUACAAUUAUUAAAGACAGAAUCCAUGGCUCUAACCCGUGAGCUACAUGUCUCACGGAAACAACAUUACCAUUGCUCCAAAGUUCCCAUUCAUUGAUAGACCAGAUAUGAUGGGAAAAUGAUCAUAUCUAUAUUAUGUUGUCUUCUGUUAUUUUUUAUGUUACAUUGGUAUCUUCUUACAACUCUUUUGAGUAUAGAGACAGAAUGUGCAGUGUACAUGUAAAGAUUGAAGAAUUUUUUAUAGAUCAAUAGACAUUAGGGAUAGGGUGUUAUUCUGUA